AAAUAAAAGAAUAUGUCGAUAGUUGAUUGAAAGAAGAGUAGAUCGGUUGUGUUUCCUACUUUAUUUAUAGUAUUUAAUUAAAUUGAAUGUGCAUAUCUUUAUACUCCAAAUGAUAGUGGUGAAUAGUGAAUUGUUUUCUGGGUUUUCUUUUAUUUUAACCGAGUGAGUGGCUCCCUAGUAUUUGACGAGUGUUCAUAUUAAUCUUAGUUCUUUAUUAUUUGCCAGAUAUAUCACUUUUUUUUUUUUUUUUUAAUUUUGGAAUUCUCUUCUCACUCAAUCGAAGGAGCCAGUUCAUGGAUUCCUUCUUUAUAUAAACACUCGAUCUAGUCUUAACAGUGGCAUGACUAUGUUUUCUUACAGCAGGAUUUCUCUGCCAAUCCUCACCUCACCCUUUUUUUAGGGUUAUUGAGAAUCUAAAAAGUUUAGUGCAGAAUUGAGAGUUUGUUUGAUUGAUUACAAAAAUGAAAGGAGCUGUACUUGUGGCUAUCACUGCUUGCAUUGGUAGCUUCUUGCAAGGAUGGGAUAAUGCCACUAUUGCUGGGGCACUCGUUUACAUCAAGAGAGACCUCAAUUUGCAAACAUCAGUCGAAGGUCUGCUCGUGGCCAUGUCACUUUUUGGAGCAACAACAAUUACAACAUGCUCAGGAGCCAUAUCAGAUUGGCUUGGUCGCCGUCCAAUGCUCAUAAUUUCCUCAACACUUUAUUUCGUCAGCGGUUUGGUAAUGUUGUGGUCUCCAAAUGUCUAUGUUCUAUGCGCAGCAAGGCUAUUAACUGGAUUUGCAAUUGGUCUAGCUGUUACGCUUAUUCCAGUCUAUAUCUCCGAGACUGCCCCAUCAGAUAUAAGGGGAAUGCUAAACACACUUCCGCAGUUUACUGGUUCAGGAGGCAUGUUUUUGUCAUAUUGUAUGGUUUUUGGGAUGUCCUUGUCACCCUCCCCAAGCUGGAGGUUGAUGUUGGGGGUUCUUUCCAUACCUUCCAUGCUUUAUUUUGCAUUGACAAUAUUUUAUCUGCCUGAAUCCCCUCGAUGGCUUGUGAGCAAAGGAAAGAUGAUUGAGGCAAAACAGGUUCUACAGAGAUUACGUGGACGGGAAGAUGUUUCAGGUGAGAUGGCUUUACUAGUUGAAGGUCUUGGUAUUGGGGGUGAAACAUCGAUAGAAGAGUACAUAAUAGGCCCAGGAGAUGAACUUGCUGAUGAUCAUGAGCACGCCGCUGAGAAUGACAAAAUCAAACUAUAUGGACCUGAAGCAGGUCUUUCCUGGGUUGCUAAACCUGUAACUGGACAAAGUUCCCUUACCCUUGUCUCUCGCCAUGGAAGCAUGGUGAACCAAAGUGUUCCCCUUAUGGAUCCUCUUGUGACUCUUUUUGGUAGUGUUCAUGAGAAGCUUCCUGAAACAGGAAGCAUGCGGGGAAGCAUGCUUUUCGCUAAUUUCGGUAGCAUGAUAAGUACAGCAGAGCCUCAUGUUAAGCAUGAACACUGGGAUGAAGAGAGCUUACAGAGGGAAGGCGACGACUACAUGUCAGAAGCUGCCGGGGAAGACUCGGAUGACAAUUUACACAGUCCGCUGAUCUCACGUCAGACAACAAGCCUGGAAAAGGAUAUGCCACCCCCUCCUUCUCAUGGCAGCAUUAUGAACAUGAGACGUCAUAGUAGUCUCAUGCAAGGAACUGGUGAAGCAGUUAGUAGUACAGGUAUUGGUGGUGGUUGGCAGUUGGCAUGGAAAUGGUCUGAGAGAGAAGGUGAAGAUGGAAAGAAGGAAGGUGGAUUUCAGAGGGUUUAUUUACACCAAGAAGGUGCCCCUGGAUCUCGUCGUGGCUCUCUUAUUUCACUUGUCGGCGGUGAUGUUCCCGCAGAAGGCGAGUGCAUCCAGGCUGCUGCUCUUGUUAGUCAAUCUGCUCUUUAUUCCAAGGAGCUUCUGGAUCAGCAUCCGGUUGGACCUGCAAUGAUUCAUCCAGCUGAAACUGCUAAAAAGGGGCCACUUUGGGCUGCUUUACUUGAUCCUGGAGUUAAGCGUGCAUUGAUUGUUGGGGUCGGGAUUCAAAUCCUUCAGCAAUUUUCUGGUAUAGGUGGUAUUCUCUACUACACUCCUCAAAUUCUUGAACAAGCAGGCGUUGAAGUUCUUCUUUCGAACCUUGGCCUUAGUUCGGUGUCUGCAUCAUUCCUCAUCAGUGGAAUAACAACACUCCUGAUGCUUCCUUGCAUAGCUGUAGGCAUGAGGCUUAUGGAUGUCUCCGGCAGAAGGACAUUACUACUAGCCACUAUCCCUGUGCUUAUAGGUUCGCUUGUGAUUCUAAUCAUAAGUGGAUCUGUCAACUUGGGUACAGUUGCGAAUGCAGCAAUCUCAACCACCUGUGUGGUGGUUUAUUUCUGCUGUUUUGUAAUGGCUUAUGGGCCAGUUCCAAAUAUCCUAUGCUCGGAGAUCUUCCCGACAAGAGUGCGCGGUCUCUGCAUUGCAAUCUGUGCCUUAGUAUACUGGAUAUCAGAUAUCAUCGUUACCUACUCACUGCCAGCAAUGCUGACAUCGAUCGGUUUACAGGGCGUGUUUAUCAUUUUUGCUGUUAUGUGUGUUGUGUCUUGGAUCUUCGUCUUCUUAAAGGUUCCAGAAACCAAAGGCAUGCCCCUUGAAGUCAUUACAGAAUUCUUUGCUAUCGGUGCAAGACAAGCUGAUGCUGCCAAGAAUCAGUAACUGACGGAUGGUCUUGAAAAUGCUAUAGACUUGAUUCUUAUACAGUUUGAGCUGCUAAAGAUUUCACCGGAUGUGUGUAUUCAGAAAUUUUUGUGUUGUCCUUUUGAAAUGAAUAUUCUAUACAUUAAGUGAUUUUUCCUAA